AUGAUCGACAAUUUUGAAAAUGACGAGAUAAAGAAAGAAUUGUCAAUAGUCCAAAAACUUCAAAAUAUUGCUGACGAAAUAAAUAAUUUAUGUUCGAGUGAAUUCGCAGAAAAAAUAGAAAAAUGGCAACAAGAAGAACAUGUAGACAACAACUUAAUAUUUAAAGCAGUUUGGAGACAUCGUUACGACUCACCCACACUCUCCUACUGUCUUGCCACUUCAUUUAAAUGGAGAGUCUUUACCGAAGAAUCGUCAAAAUCUGCAUUCGAAUGGUUUCAAAUUGCCGCCGAAAACGGACACAUGCAAUCAUUAAAUGAUUUGGGUGAUUGUUACGAACGUGGCGAUGGAACUGUUCAAAAUUUGUCCAAAGCGUUCGAAAAUUAUCUUAAAGCCGCUAAAUCUGGAAGUAUUUAUGGACAGUCAAAUGUGGGGUGUGCAUAUUAUUUCGGGCUAGGCGUCGACCAAGAUAUGGAGAAAGCGGUGUGUUGGCUUAGGAAAGCUGCGAAUGCGAAUGUUCCCGAUGCACAAUAUUAUCUAGGAUCACUUUAUUUUAACGGGGAUGGUGUGGAAUGCGAUGAGAGGAAAGCGUUUUAUUGGUUAAACUUGUGUGGUUGGUAUAUGUGUGGUUAUCGAAUAAUAAUGCUUGGAGAAUGCUAUGAACAGGGACGUGGCACCCUUGUUGAUGUUCAUGCGGCAAUUAAGUGUCUUUAUAAAACUUACCAAAGAGUUGAAAAUAGUGUAAUUUAUGAUAAAUUUUGUGAUAUUUUCAGAGAAGAAGAUUUAUCGCCGAUGUGA